AUGGUUCAGCUCCGGUCAGCCGCGCUGAGUGAUCACCCCUCCAUUAUGAUGGUAUGGCGGCGGAGUGUGGAGGCUACACACGACUUCCUCACCGCCGCCGAUGUCGACAGAAUAGCGCAAGCCGUCCCGACGUACCUCGACCAUGUCCGACUCACAGUCGCCAUCGACGACGACCGGAUAGUCGGCUUCAUUGGGAGUGCCGUCCCCGACGCAUCAGCCUCGGCACCUACUACAAAUUCCGAUCUGCCCACUGACUGCGAGAGGAUGGUUUCGAUCGAGAUGCUCUUCGUAGACCCCUCUGCCUUCGGUAGAGGCAUCGGCACCCAGCUGCUCGAGGACGCUGCGAAGGGUAACAGCACCGUGCUCGUGGACGUGAACGAGCAGAAUCCUGCUGCACUGGGAUUCUACAAGAGCCGGGGGUUUGCGGUCGUCGGCCGCUCGGAACGAGACACGCAGGGCGAUCCGUUCCCACUCCUGCACCUCAAAAGGGACAAUCAGAUGACGCAACCUCGUCCCGGUAUGGCCGCACUGACCGAGCUGCUCAGCUGCGAGUUCUGGGCAUUCCUUUCCACUUGCACUUCCAUCCUCACGAGACAGUUACGAAGCAGCACAACGACAAUGACGAGCAGGAAAUUCCACUUCGUGUCCAAGACGAGCAACUGGCACUGUACACAGGUGACCAGUCCCGCGACGCCGGUGCCCGGGUCGCACAUUGUGGGCUCGUUCGAUCUCUCCUUCACGGGCGAGAUGCAGGGCAAGGCGCACUGUACCCUCGUCAUGACGGCGUAUGGGAAGCAGCUGGCGAACGGGCACAAGCCGAAUGACUUUGCCGGCCAAGCGUACUUCACUGGCAAGCUCGGGGGUGCCGAGGGGUCGAUCGCGAUCAACCAGGUCGGCAUCUUCGACGGGAAGCGCAUGGUGUCGACCUGGACCUUCCUCCCCGAGACGGGGACGGGGCAGCUCGAGGGUCUGACGGGCACGACGGAGCUUGAGGGCUCGGAUCCGACACCUGGUGCAUUUGAGGGGGCGGUGGAGGCGACAUUCGCAUAG